AUGAUUUCCACUGAGACGAGCAAAUGCGGGCUCACAGGCCAGAUGCCUGCGUCCACCAAGCCGCACCUCUUCGUCUUUGGUGGGCACAGUGGCAAGGGCAUGCUGAUGGCGACCGAGAUAGCUGUGAGUGACAGGACAUGUGCUAUUACAACUAUCUCGAAGCGUGGCAAGCCCACGGCACCUGGACCCGCAUCAGCUUUCGCACAGGCUAUGGCUGCCUCUUCGGUGCACUACAUGGCGGCCUGUGAUGAAACGGAUGUCAAGGCAGUUGAGUGCCUGAUGGAUUGGGUGCCACCCUCUCGUCAGCCUUUGCCGGAAGCACGCUUUGACGUGAAUGAGGUGAUGGAAGCUGUCAAGAAGGAAAUCGAGGGCAUGAAUGAGCUGCAGCUCGACAGGGCGCUGCAGACGGUGCAGGGGCUGAAGAAUGCCUCGCAGAAGAACCAGAGGCAGAUCAAGGCUCGCUUGGAGCACAAGGACAACUGCAGCCCUGAAGAGAGAACGCGCCUACAGGACAUGCGGUUGGAUUUGCAAGAAAAGGAAGCUGCAUUCCUGGAACUCAUUGCUGACCUACAGCAGAAGAAGGGCGCUGAACAGAAGGCGCUCCCAAACAGUUCCGAACAGGAAGUCUGCCACGUUGAAACUCUGCUGAAGCAAAUGGAGAAGGAGCUGGCCUUGCAAAAAGAUGUCUGA